UCCUUGUAACUACCAGUUCGGGGAAUCAGAUGUAAAAUUAGCAUCCUGUUUGCCGCAACUGGUCCAAACCGGCUGAAUCCUUCCUGUGGUUGAGGUUUUCCUGGGUCCCGAUGGAUGGAGGAUUCCCCGAACCAGCCCCUUCAAAUCUCGUCCAUUGUCAGAGGGGGGUGGCUGGACUGUAGCCUCUGAGCCCUUCGUGACCGCCCCUGGAAGGUCUUCCUUGGAAAAAACGCUAUUCGCCGGUUCCAGAUUUGGAUUCCAGAUCAUGAUUUCUUCUCCGCUUCUCCUUCCCAGCCAGGACCUUCGACGGAGGAGAGGGGGGUGCCUGAACCAUGAACCCCCACCCGCGGCGCAUCCGCCUGAAGCCCUGGCUGGUGUCCCAGGUGAACAGCGGCCUGUACCCGGGUCUGCGCUGGGUAGAUCCGGAGCAGAAGAGGUUUUGCAUCCCCUGGCGCCAUGCCACACGUCACAUGCCCUGCCAGGAUGACGAGAACACGAUCUUCAAGGCCUGGGCCAAAGAAACGGGGAAAUACAACGAGGGCGUGGAUGAGCCGGAUCCGGCCAAAUGGAAGGCCAACCUGCGUUGCGCCCUCAACAAAAGCCGGGAGUUCAGUCUCAUCUACGACGGGACCAAAGACACGCCGAUGCAGCCCUACAAGAUUUACGAGGUCUGCGACGCCCCCCUGCCCAACGGAGAUCCAUCGCACAUCGCAGAGCCCCUGCCCCCCUACCCGUGGAUCAAGCAAGAGACCCUCUACACCAACUCAUGCGCCAAUGGGACCUUUCCCCACUUGGCUCCCCCAGAGGUGGGGCCUGUAGCCUCGGCACCAGCGCCCGUGGGGGCCUUCGCGGUAGGAGGGGAACCUCCAGUGCCCAGUUUUGGCGACUCUGCAAGCCGGAUGCCGCUGAUGCCCGAGAGUGUAGCCAUGCCAGGGACUCUGGAGCCCCUGUCCGAGGGGGGAUGUCCUGCAGCCCCCAUCGAGCAGUUCAUUCCGAAUUUAUUGAUCAGCCCCCACAUGCUGCCAU